CGCGCGGCAUCCGUGUGAGGCGUAUCGCGCACGUUUCUACACCGGAAGGCCGGUCGAUCGAACCGGUCGACGAACUCUCUUAACACGAACGCUCCGCGAAAUCGCGCUUACUCCGUCAUUCCGAGAAGGCCGAAGGCCUGAGUGAUCUCAUCCUCGUUCCGCCGGUCCUCGAAGCGGAAGAGCCGAACAGGAUCAGCUGAUCGUCAAUCGAACAAAGUGCGAAAUCCGCUCCUCUCGGAUCGAAGUGCAUCGUUCUGCUAUGAUAAGAGUGCGUCGCCAAUAUAUUCGCGAGAAUCGCGACGAGUGAUCGGCUCCGGUAAGAGUCCUCCUGAAGGAAGCAUCUUGCGCGCGAGAGGCCGAUAAGGGUCGAUCAGUUCGAUCUCUAUCGGACGCGGGAAUUCGUUCGGAAGUAACCGUUUCAAAUCUCGAUUAACGUCGAGUUCGAUCAACCGUCGGAUCGGAGAAGGAAAGUGGAAAGGAAUAUACGGACUGAGAAAAGUGAAGAGAAAUAGAGAGAGAGAGAGAGAGAGAGAGAGAGAGAGAGGAGAGGGAGAGAGAAACAUCUCGAUCAGCCGUAAUCUCUCGAUUCCACGUUCGGGACGCUCAGGACGAUAAUCGUCAUACAGUGGCACGCAUAUCCGUGACUACGCGUGUUAGGAACAUUAAGGGAACGCAUGUUGCGAGCAUUAAGAGCCGUGCAUCGAGAACACUUCGCGCGGGAGGGAAUCGAGCACCGAUAAUUCGGAUCGAUCUCGCGUCGAUUAAAUUCAAAAUCGAGCCAAAGGGAACGCGCCCAGAGCGAAGCUCGAGGAGCUGCGUCGAAUUGCACGCGAGUUUCAAAUUGCCGCGCGAUGCAGCUCUGAAAAAUGGUAUGAAAGAAUAACGGGAUAAUAGAAGAAAAAUUGUAGGACGCAGCGUCUCGCGCGGAUAUAUAUACAAGAAGCAACGCUGCGAGCGUUCUCCUCCUUUCAUUCGCUUAAUGUAAAGUGAAUGAAAAUUUCCGAGACACGAAAUCCCGAUAUCCGCAAAUAACGUAAAUUUCAGAGACGAGCCGAGAAUUUCGAGUGCGUGAGAAUAUAUAAGGAAAGAAAAGCGGAAGAGAACCGCGAGGUGUUACACGGAGAGAUUAAACGAUCUCGCGCGGAAAUUAAAAUCCCCGGUUACGUGUUAGACGUUAUUUAAUUACAUGAAAGGAAAAAAAAACAGAUGGAAGCUGCAGCAAAAUCCUGAAUACAACUGAUAAUUUCGAGGGUACUCGAGACAAUACGGACGAGGCAAUAUCCCCGCGGAGUUUCGCACAUGUGGAACCGUUGUAUUCCUCCGCACGCGGUAUCCCGAGGUUCCCUCGACGGAGGGUAUAAUCUCUCUUCUUACGCGCUGGAGAAACUUGUCAUAACAAUACUCGCGGGAUAGAAGAGCGAGGCGCACCUCCCACCGUAUCCCCUCGCCGCUCUCGUGGGAUAAAGAAAAACGCUAAAUGUACUGGUAAUAAGCGAAAAGAUAAUAAUACAUUUAAUCCCGGCCGCAGGAGAAGCGCACUCCGGGAAGAAAAUAAUUUCCUCUCCUGAUAUCGCGCACGCUCGGAGUUCGCUGCGGUCUCGCUGGAUCGCGGACCGGAUGUGGAUCUCCGUCCGAUAAGGGCGAUCCGAACGGGCACCGAAUUCGCGGAAUCACUUCGAGACGCUGCGAGACUUAUAAUUCCGACGCCCUUAAAUGCCACCGUUUCGACGCGUGCAUUUCGUCGUUGCAUCCGAGUUCCGUCUGUCCGAGGCACUUGUGGCACGCGACGCUCGUACACACGAGGGACAAGGACGGCGAUCUUCGCGCGCGGCCACGCGUUCGCUGCGGAUUCGAGGGAGCCCGCUGUAUGUCGUGUCCGUGUUUGAAAGGGCUCGACGCGCCUCGUGAAAAGCCGACUCGCCGCGCGACAAUCCGUGGGAUGUUGCCGAGAGGAUCAGUCUGAAGAGCGAGAGGGAAAGAGAGAUAGAAAAGAAGAGAAGCCCAUAAUGAUGGAAGAUGUUCUGAGGUCCGGCAUGACGCGAGGAGAAACAUGAAGUAACGGAUAGCGAACGCAUCUUCGCUGCCCCGGAGGGCUCCUCAGCGUCUGGAAGCAAAAGACACCGGUGGACACACGGAGAAAUUACGGCAUGGAUUUCCCGAAGCGGGAGUGGAGCCACAGGCUCAGUCUUCGCGGUAGCCGUAGGGCUCACGAGGGCGAAAUCGGACACAGGACGAUAACUGGGGCCCCCAGGACCACCAGAAGAUGGGCGAGCCUCAGACAACAUGUGAGCAGCAGUAAUGACGGCGGUAAACCUCGCGUCGAACUGCUGUUUAAUACGUCGGGCUCCAAACCCUCGACGCCGUCCUCGCAACCGCACACCCCUAACACACCGAAAACGCCGCACACCCCGCCCAUCAAGAAGUCCAAUUGGGAGGUCAUCGAGCACUUCACCGGCGCGCCGCGUCCCUCCAUCAUCACGAUGGCUCGAGGAUCGGAGAUCGGCGUGGCACCGACAACCGGAAGGGAGUCCGUGACGGAAGCUGCAGCGAACGUAGGGAUCACGCAGCACACGCGGAAAUGCGCUCUGAGCAGAUUCCUGAGCUCGCUAUGUGGCUCUCAUCAUUUCAAGAACCUGCAGGUUGAAAUGCUGUACCAACGCUACUUCCUACGUAUGAAUCAAAGUAACAUGACACAUGUGCUCGGUCUACUGGUCGGUUUGGCGCUGGCACUGGGCCUACUACUUAUCAUGAAGUUAAUGCUGACCGGCAACCAGCCGCUCUUCACGCUCCUACAGAGACCCGAAAAUCUUUCCCUCGCGAUCACCCUGGUCACCUGCAUCGCUGUUUACGCCGUUUUAGUGGCUGCCAUCUCCAGACCAGGCAUGAAUGAGAUAUGGCUGGCGGGUGUCAGUGGCGCGGUGCUGGUCACCCUGCUGGCGCUGCAGGUGACCCUGAGCAUUCAUCUGGCGCGGCUGCACGAGGUGGGCCGCGAGAGUACCGGCGAUACGUCAUACUCGAAGUCGAAGGACCUUCGAACCGGGGGACCCCUCGCCGCCGCCUUGACGGUCUGCUUCUUCAUCUACAUGGCCUACGCCCUUCUGCCGAUCAGACUCAGGCACGCCUGCAUCGCCGGGAUCGUCUUCUCGGCCGCCCAUCUCGUCGGCGCCUUCCUGCUCUACCCACAGUAUCCAUCCGUGAUUGCACACUUGCUGAGCUCGAUCGUGGUAGUUGGCGGGACGAACGUAGCCGGCGCACUGACACAUCACCCACGGGAAUUGGCGCAAAGACAAGCAUUUCUUGAAACCCGACAAUGUGUCGAAGCACGCCUGACCACGCAGCGAGAGAAUCAGCAACAGGAGAGGCUUUUGCUCAGCGUAUUACCGAGACACGUCGCCAUGGAGAUGAAAGCCGAUAUAGCCGGAAAGCCGAAGGACACGAUGUUUCACAAAAUUUAUAUUCAAAGACAUGAGAAUGUCAGCAUUUUGUUCGCCGAUAUCUGUGGAUUCACCUCGCUCUCCGAUCAAUGCACUGCCGAAGAGCUCGUCAGAUUGCUCAACGAACUUUUUGCACGGUAA